AUGGCGGCAUUAGAAUCGCCUCCCCGUUACACCUACAAGAUCGUCCCCUCCACGGCACCAGUGCCCCAGCCGAUUCCUGAGAUAUUGCCGGUCAGCGAGCUAGACCGGGGCUCAGGAUUCAUUCAUCUGUCAACGUCAACUCAAGUGCCCAAUACACUCAAGUUUUUCUUCAAAGAUGAUCCCAUAGUCUAUAUACUACGCAUUGAGUAUGACCGAGUGCAACACAAUAUUCGCUGGGAAUCUCCCGAUGGGAAAGUCUGUGGCCCGCGACCCGGUGAAGGCUUGUUCCCUAAUAAGCAUCUGUAUAACGAUUUGAAGUUAGGCAAAGACGAGGUGGAAAGUGUGGCGAUUUGGCAAAAUGAAGACGGUUGGGACAAAGCCAUUGACGGGGCCAAGCCAUGGCUUCUAUAUUAG